GUCACCUCCUCCAAGACGUCAAAGUUCAUCUAUUCAAAGAGAUCAACGUUCAGUUUUAGAAGACAAUCGACACUCACGUAAUCGGAGCGAUAAGAUCUCAUGUAGUCGAGAGUCACUUUCUUGUGGUGGCAAUGCUUGUAAAAGAUGUGGAAAAUGUUGUGAUUGGACAUGGGACAAUAGUUCACAUGAUUGGAACCGUGAUUCUGAUGCUACUUGCCGUGGUCUUUAUACUGUUGAUGGUAAUAAUCAUUAUGUUCGUGGUCCUGGUGGUGGUCGUGGUGGUGGUGGUAUUUUUCCUAUUUGCGAAUGUUCAAGGCAACCUGUUUUGAAGGGUAUGCUUUGCGUAGAAGAGCUGAAAACAGGCAGAAACAUUGUAGAUUGCAUGUAUACCUGAAAAACGUUCAAAGAGACUUAUCAAGAAUUCAGAAGGCUUUUCUGGGCUUUCGUAUUCAUGCAAAGAGUCUUUGCAAAUUGUUCAGAAUUGUUUGAAAUUUUGAAAACGCUUCUCAAAUGCCUUAGCCUGUACGAAAUGCUGCUCAGAUAUCGAAGCGUACACGAAAGCCUAUUGAAGUUCCUUAUGGUAUCUUUGUUGCAGUGUAAGAUACCAUCAUGGAAAUCUUGCCUUCACCUAUUAUUGUAGGCGGCACCUACUCCAAGCGCUAAUUAUGUUAAUUACAGAAAGAUUGAACCUAGGAUGAAACAAACACACAGUUACAAUACACUUGUGCGAGUCGAAAAGCACAAUAAAAUCGCUGAUGGUGAAAGUAUCUAGGGCCAUACUUUCUCAUCAUUGAAUGCGAUUCCCCAGACGUAUCAUAAAACAACUAAUGACUAAGCUACUGAUACUCUAAGGAAAUCAUUAAACACUUUCUUAAGAAAUUCAAGAGAUACCGGAAUAAACGAUUCGACUAAUUUUUGGCCACGAAAAGGAAGAAGAGUCAUCGCCAAAGAGUAAAUAGACUUAUUUAUUCGGUAAUUCCAUGAGAUGUCCAGCAAAAACAAAUAGAAAGUAUAGGAAAUUCCUUUUGUUCUAUCAGAGUUUGUAGUGCUUUUUUCAAGGGGGAAAAAGCGGCCCCUGGCUCCUUGGAUUCUCGCGGCUCCUCGUGGAUUCUGGCGGAUUCUAUGGAUCCUAGUAGAAUCAGGCGGAUUCUGUGGAACCAAGUAGAUUCUGUCGGAUUCUGUGG